AUGAUAGCUUCGACGCCGUUGUCCCCGCACUUCUCUCCCGAAGUUUUCGGAGGGGCUUUCGACGUCGGCGACCGCCAACACCACGCCACUCGGCCCGGUAAUCAGACCACCCUGCUGAGUCCAGGCCACAAUCGGCCCAACGCCAUUCAUGAAUCGACCACAGCGACACCAAUUAAUCAGCACCUGGAUCAGCAACACCAGCAAAACCACCCUCAGCUCCAUACUUCAGCCCUGGGUCUGGGUCUCGGACUGGGUACUCUGGGGUUGACACAUGCAGAGGGCAACCAGGGUCUUCAGCACCAAUUCGGUCCAGCGGCUGCGCCUGCGCCUAAUAUUGCUGCUGAUCAACAGGGGACGUCGUCGUCGUCGCAUCUCCAUUCGCAGGGCCAUCAAAGAACACCCGCCCACGCCGCCGCAUGGUUUCCGCCCGGAUAUGGAGUCCCGGCGUACCACGACAACCCGCAACAGCAGCAUGUCGAUGCAACGUCUUCCUCCACAGCAGCAGCAGGUGUCAACCCACCCGUCACUCUUUCUGCAGCGGUCGGUCUGAGUACUGAUGGCAGAAGCCAGAGUAUUGGUGUUGGAGGUGGUGGUCACUUAUUCGAUUUCGGAUUCGCAGCACCACCGCUGACACUACCACCAACGAGUGAGCAGUCGUUCCUGGGCGGCGGAGUCUAUGCCGACAUCACGCCACUUUCCACCACGGUAGCUGUAACAGCUCACCCGCAACCACCCACGACCACUUUUGAUUUCCAUGCUUCGCCAUGGCGGCCUCGGCUUCAAGACAGCAGCUCCGUCACACUGACACCAAACAUUGCAGCCGUCGCUGCGGUCGAAUUGAACCACGACGUCCGCAAGCACAGCAAAAGCAGCAUGGAGACCGAUAGCGACGUCAAGGACCCUUCGUGGGAUGACGAUGAUAACGAGCCCCAAGAUAAAAGGGCCGGAGCUGGAGCAAUGAAGACAUCGUCGUCGUCGUCGUCGCCUGGGACCCGGAAGCCGCAGCGAAAGGGCAAGCGCCGUGCCGUAGCCGAUCCCGGAGCUGGCGGCAUCGACAACGAUGACGAACCCACCAGCCCCGCGGGCCGAACAAGCGUCAGCGGCCGAUCGGUCAAGUCGGUAUCCGUCGCCUCAUCCGCCGGAUCGAGCACCAAGAACGCACCGGCACCCCGACUGCGCAGUGCAUCCCGCACCUCGAAAAACGCACUGCAAAAGCCGACUGAGUCCCUCGAAGAACGCCGAACGCGCGCAUCUCAUAACCUAGUCGAGAAGCAGUACCGCAACCGACUGAACGCUCAAUUUGAGGGUCUUCUCAAUGCCCUACCAGAGCAGGUCCGUGGCCCGGCCGGCGCCGGAGACGGCGACGAAUCGGACCCGCAGGCGGCGGCAGCGGCAAAUGAGGAAAGGCGGGUCAGCAAGGCCGAGGUGCUGGACAUGGCCCGCCGCCACAUCCAGAACCUGGAGCGGGAGCGGGAGACGCUCCACCGCGAAAGGGGGGAGCUGCUGCGCAAUCUGGAGACGAUGGAGCGGGAGGCGGCGGCGAAUGGCGGCGGGGCCACCCUGCCUGCCGCGAGCCUAUUCUCUGAUGAUGGUGGUGGUGGUGGUGGUGGUCACAGUGGUGGUGUUGGGUGUGAAGCCAAUGCAGAGCACUUCUGGAAAGGGGGGAGCGCGUGA